AUGACUGCAAAGACAACAGCAGAAGCGUUAUACAACAAUUUUAUUACUUAUUACGGAAUUCCAACACGGAUACAUUCAGAUCAAGGAGCUAAUUUCGAGAGCCAAAUUAUCAAAGAAUUAUGUCAGAUUACAGGGAUGAAAAAGUCAAGGACAACCCCUUACCAUGCAAUGGGCAACGGUCAAUGUGAGAGAUAUAACAGAACUUUACUCAACAUGCUAGGAACCCUGAAACCAUCACAGAAACAGAACUGGAAGCUGUAUAUUAAUCCGUUAGUGCAUGCGUACAACUGCAUCAAGAACGAGUCAACCGGAGUUUCCCCAUAUUUCCUUAUGUUUGGACGUGAACCAAAAUUACCUAUAGACAUAGAGUUUGGCCUAAAGAAAGAAGAAAAGAAAUCAGUAUCCAAAUACAUCAGCAACUUGAAAGAAAACAUGAAAGCAGCUUACGAACUACACAAAAUUGCUGAUAAGUGGGAAGAAGAGCCGUACUUGGUAAUUGAACAUCCUAAUCCAGAAAUCCCAGUAUAUAAAGUACAGAAAGAAACAACAAAAGGAAAAUCUCGGACUUUACAUCGAAACCUUCUACUCCCUAUUGGACAUCUAGAUUCAUAUAAAGCAAGUAUAGAUGAAUCAUCACCAUCAUCUUCCAGACCCACUCCUAAACCCAGGACGAGGCAAACACGGAAGAAACAAGAACAGGUUCAAGAGAGAACACCAGAGACUAGAGAAUCAGAAGAUGACAGAGUUAGUUCUGAUGAAGACUCAGAUACAGAAUUUAUUCCGGUACCGGUACCAAUGAUCCCUGAGGUUAACAUCCCAGUAGAUGUUAGUAAACACCCAGGUGAGCAGAGUGUACACAGAUCAGAAGAACAGAGAGUACAGAGCCCUAGAGAGGAGAUUGUACAUAGCCCUAGAGAGGAGAUUGUACAUAGCCCUAGAGAGGAGAUUGUACAUAGCCCUAGAGAGCAGACUGUACAGAGACCCGUAGAAAAGAUGGAUCAGAUAGAGCAGAGACAGGAAAGAGAAGAAAAAAUACAGCAUCAUGAUGCAGAGGAGAGAGUAACGGAACAACUGCCAGUACAGACAGAGGCAGAGCCACAGCAGGAACAUGCUGAAGCUAGUAGUCCCAGAUCUGAUGAUAAAGAAGAAGAACCUGUAACAGUGUUACCAAGGAGAAGUACUAGGGAGAGAAGAAAACCAGAUAGGUUGAACCCCCAGGAAUUUGUUUUAGUACAACAACAGCAGCAACAAGAAUGGAUGAAGAAGUGUGACUAUCUACAUCGUUUGAAAUCUUCAACAGAGAUGAAGUCUUAUGAAAAGGAAAUAGUUCAGACCAUGUUAGAUAUUUUAAAGAGAAAUUAA